GAUCUAUGGUAGAUCGUGAGUGAAAUUUUUUCAAAGACAAAUCGAGUUUGCUGUUAACAAUAAUCGCGAUAUCACAGUCAAAAUAACAGCAGUCGAAAAUCCACUUUGUUUGUUCUAUCGUGUGUACACUGCGGGCUUAUGUCGUGAUCUUAUCAGACCUUAUCGUGCACCGAAUUCGAUGAUUCUCUGGUGAAACAGUCUCGCGUGUGGUAUCCACUGGAUCUCUCGAGCUUUUGACAGACUACAGGUGUAAAAUGGUCGAGAAGUUCGAGUUCGCUAUAGAUCGCGGUGGCACGUUUACGGACGUGUACGCCAGAUGUCCAGGCGGCAAGAUUCGAGCGAUAAAACUAUUGUCAGUUGAUCCGGCCAAUUACGAAGACGCGCCGCGAGAAGGAAUUAGAAGAAUUCUUGAACAGGAGACUGGGAAAAGAAUUGAGGGCGAAAUUGACACUUCGUUGAUAUCAUGGAUUCGAAUGGGAACUACGGUCGCUACGAAUGCUCUGCUGGAAAGAAAGGGUGCGAAAAUGGCACUGUUGAUAAACGAGGGAUUUAGGGAUCUUCUUUUUAUUGGAAACCAGGCGAGGCCUAAUAUAUUUGAUCUGCAAGUCCUCACGCCAGAAGUCCUAUACAAGGAAGUAGUAGAAGUUAAGUGUAGAGUAAUACCCGCAUUGCCGGGUAAAUGCUACCUGGAGAACAAAAAAUGGCGCCGAGUGAAAGGUUCAACAGGCGAGGAUCUGUUCGUCACGCAAGAACUAGACGAGGAGAAGCUGAAAAACGACCUCCAGGAAUUACGACGAUCUGGGAUCGAGAGUUUGGCCGUGGUUUUGGCACACAGUUACAUGUUCGCUGAACAGGAAGUCAGAGUAGGCGAGUUGGCGAGGCUCGCAGGUUUUCCUCAAGUGUCUCUUUCCCACGAAGUUAUGCCAAUGACUAGGAUUGUUCCUAGAGGAUUCACUGCUUGUGCCGACGCGUACUUGACACCACAUAUUAAACAAUAUCUACAGGGUUUCUCGUCAGGGUUUAAGGAUAGACUGAAAGGUGUGAAUGUGCUGUUCAUGCAAAGCGACGGUGGACUGACUCCGAUGCACUCAUUCAACGGGUCUCGUGCCAUUCUUUCUGGUCCUGCGGGUGGGGUCGUAGGUUACGCGAUGACCACUUACAACAAAGAAACCGAUUUGCCUGUGAUCGGAUUCGAUAUGGGUGGCACUUCGACUGACGUGAGCCGUUACGGCGGCAGUUACGAGCAUGUUUACGAGAGCACAACUGCGGGUGUUACGAUCCAAGCAGCUCAGUUGGACGUGAACACAGUUGCGGCAGGAGGCGGAUCGAUGCUUUUCUUCAGGUCAGGUCUCUUCGAGGUCGGACCAGAGAGUGCAGGAGCACAUCCAGGACCAGCGUGUUACAAGAAAAACGGUCCUCUCGCUGUCACCGACGCUAACUUGGCUCUAGGAAGAUUGUUACCGGAGUACUUCCCAAAAAUAUUCGGACCGAACGAGAAUGAACCUCUGGACAAGUCCCGUACAUUGCAAGCCUUCCAAACGCUUACGGAUCAAAUCAACGAAUUUCUAGCGAAAGAGGGUCACAAGGGUAAGAUGAGCAUCGAAGAGGUGGCGAUGGGUUUUAUCAGGGUUGCGAACGAAACCAUGUGCAGACCAAUACGAGCUCUCACGCAGGCCAAAGGCUAUGACACCUCUCGACACGUUUUGGCCUGUUUCGGGGGCGCCGGAGGGCAACAUGCAUGUGCCAUUGCUCGUUCUCUGGGAAUGGGUACCGUUUUCGUUCACAAGUACGCUGGAAUCCUCUCAGCUUACGGAAUGGCAUUAGCGGAUGUCGUCGAAGAGGCACAGGAACCCAGCGCAGAAGUCUACGAACCAAAAUCAUUUGCACGAUUGGACGAGCGUUUGGACGUUUUGGAGAAGAAGGUUAGAAAUAAGUUAGCUGAACAAGGCUUCGCAGACUCUCACAUAGUCACGGAACCAUUCUUGCACCUGCGUUACCAAGGCACAGAUUGCGCCCUGAUGUGUACACCCAGCUUAAAGGCUAGUGGAAACAAGGGUACCAGACAUGGGGACUUUCUGAGUACAUUCUUGGAAAGGUAUCAAAUGGAGUUUGGUUUCACGAUGCCUAAUAGAAAGAUCCUGGUGAACGACGUUAGAGUCAGAGGUGUGGGUAAGAUAGAUAUUAAAGAAGAUCCUAUUCUUCCUUCUGCGACGACGCCACCUAAAGUGGAAAAGUCUACCAAGGUAUACUUCGAAGCCGGCUACCUAGACACUAAAAUUUACCAACUACACGAUCUGUCGCCCGGUCACAAUAUACCCGGCCCCGCCAUUAUAAUGGACAGCCUAAGUACCCUCUUGAUCGAACCCGAUUGCACCGCAUCGAUCACUCCCCGUGGCGACGUAAAAAUAAAAAUUGGCCAAGGAUCGAAGACCGAAGUCACAACGGAGUUGGACACCAUUCAGCUCAGCAUAUUCUCACACCGUUUUAUGAGCAUCGCCGAGCAGAUGGGCAGGAUUCUUCAGAGAACUUCCAUAUCUACGAACAUCAAGGAGAGAUUGGACUUCUCUUGCGCUGUCUUCGGACCUGAUGGGGGCUUGGUCUCGAAUGCACCCCAUAUUCCGGUGCAUUUGGGCGCCAUGCAGGAGACCGUGCAGUUUCAGAUGAAGGUCUUUAAGGGUGAAUUCACAAGGGGUGACGUGAUUCUUGCGAAUCAUCCGUCGGCGGGUGGAUCGCAUCUUCCGGAUCUUACUGUCAUCACUCCGGUGUUUUACAGGGAUGUGGAGAAGCCAGUGUUCUUCGUUGCCAGCAGAGGUCACCACGCCGACAUCGGAGGAAUUACUCCCGGCUCCAUGCCGCCACAUUCGACCACUCUACUUCAGGAAGGAGCCGCCUUCAAAAGCUUCUUACUAGUCCACAAAGGCGUGUUCCGAGAAAAGGAGCUAACCGAAGAAUUAAUGGCUCCAGGCAAGAUUCCAGGCAGCUCCGGAACCAGGAACCUGUCGGACAACCUGAGCGACCUCAAAGCUCAGAUUGCUGCUAAUCACAAAGGUUCGUUGCUGGUCAUCGAAUUGAUCGACAUAUACGGACUCGACGUGGUGCAAGCAUACAUGGGCCACAUUCAGCACAACGCCGAGGUGGCCGUCAAAGAUAUGUUGAAGUCUGUUGGCAACAAACUGUUAAAGGAAACUGGAAGUACUACUACAAGCGCGAUAGACUAUCUGGACGACGGAAGCGAGAUUAAAUUUCUGUUGAACAUCGAUAUCGAAAAAGGCGAAGCGAUAUGUGACUUCACUGGUACAGGGUAUGAAGUUUGGGGCAACUGCAAUGCUCCCCGGGCGGUUACUCUUUCAGCACUGAUUUAUUGUCUGAGGUGCAUCGUGGGCAGAGAUGUUCCUCUGAACCAGGGAUGUCUCAAGCCCGUCAAGGUAAUUAUCCCCAAGGGAUCGCUUUUGGAUCCUUCCGAAGAGGCUGCAGUGGUGGGCGGCAACGUUCUAACAUCUCAAAGAGUCGUAGACGUAGUUCUGCAAGCUUUUGGAGCCUGUGCCGCGUCCCAGGGUUGCAUGAACAACGUGACACUCGGUACAGAGGAGUGGGGAUACUACGAGACCGUCGCUGGUGGCAGUGGAGCUGGACCAACCUGGGAUGGCAGAGGAGGAGUGCAUACUCACAUGACAAACACUAGGAUCACGGACCCGGAAAUACUGGAACUUCGUUACCCAGUUGUCCUCAACAAAUUCUCCCUUCGUCCUGGAAGCGGUGGCGCUGGGGCAUAUCGUGGUGGCGAUGGUGUCAUUCGUGAGAUUACUUUUAGAGCACCCAUGACGCUGUCCGUGCUAACGGAAAGAAGGGUGCAUAGUCCACCAGGACUAGCUGGCGGUCUGCCAGGAGCACGAGGAAGAAAUACGUUACGAAGAGCCGAUGGAAGAAAGAUCAACCUGGGCCCAAAAACCGCUGUUCCAGUUCUUCCAGGGGAUACCUUUAUCCUGGAGAGUCCAGGGGGAGGCGGUUACGGAAGUCCCGGAGAAAGGGUUGCAUCGAUUCAAAGAAACCUACAAGCAUUCGUCGAACGCGGGAGCGUCUACGAGUACCGGAAGGCGCAAGAAUCUGUCUAGAACAAUUUAUACGAAUUAAAUUAUGUUAACUUGUCAAGAGCACAAUAUUCUUAUCCUACUACUACAUCACAUUUUGUCGGUAUGUUUUAAAUUCUUACGUAAAAUACUCUGUAGGAUUUAAAUCCGUGUAAUAUUAUAAAAUGUUCAAUAAAAGAUUUCUC